GCAAAACGUGCGUGCGGCGGCAGGUUAUUUGGCUCCGUCUGUGUCGCCGUUUCUCUCCUGUCGGUCUCGCAGCUCCCCGCUAUUGUGCCGUCAUGCAGUUUGUGUUUGUGGUGAAGGGUCAAGGGGCGAGCGUGCCGCAGACCUUGGUGACGGACCGCCUCCUCGUCGUGGCCACCCGCGAGACGGUGCACCGCAAGCGAUACGGCCGCGAGCGCGAGAAGAAGAAGUAUGCCGGCGCCGGGUUGACGGCCGCCGGCGCACCGCUGCAGAUCUCCGGCACCCGUCUGCGCGACCUCUGCUGGAGCGCGUCGCCGCUGUCGGCCACUCUCUCCAUCGAAAGGGACGAUCUGACCUUCCACUGUGCGAUGGUGCAGACGCCGUACGCCCAGCGCAGCGCGGAUGCCGAGCUCGACACGGUGCCGCUGCGCGUCAUCGCCGCGGACGAGCUCGAGCACGUCUACUUCAACCUGCACGAAGAUUUGUUGCUGGACGGCCGGCUAGUGGUGUUUACGCACGCCGAUAAUCUGCUGCACGUCGGUAUCGAUGCGGAUGCGUGGGCGGAGGCGCAGGCUGCGGCAGCGGGUGCGGCGGGGAGCUCCGAAGCGGGACCCACUACGACCACUGCCACGCCGAUGACGGCCGCCAGCGGCGGGGGAGCGGCGGGGAGCAGCGGUGGCGCGAACACCAGCAACAACACGCUUUCUGAUGAGGCGGCCGCGGCGGCCAAUUCGCAGAAGCGGCAGCGCCGCAGCGGACCGGUGUGGGGCGAGGACGAAGGCCGCCCCACGGCGCGCCGUCUCGACUCACCGCACACCCCACACUCGCUCCUCAAGAAGGAGCAGGUGCUCGCCGUCGUGCCAGCAGCGGUCAGCAGCGAGGAUAUUAAAGCGCUGAAUGAGCUGUGUGAUCGAGGCCAGAUGGCGUGUCUGGACGCCAGCCUGGCCGAUUUCUUCUGUUGCCAGUGUGGCCAUCUUCCGCUGUUGACGCUGACCAUGUCGUGCUGCGGUGCCGUCUUGUGUGAGCGCUGUGCGCCGACCCCACCCACGGUCGAGGGCGUCUCUGCGGCGGACCGUGCGUGUCCGGUGUGCGGGGAGGAGCCGCUGGACCCCCCGCUGAGCCACCCGAGCCGGGAUGUGAAGGUGGCGAAGCUGGUGAAGGAGCUGAAGGUGCUGUACCACCCGCAGCUGCAGGCGCUGCAGGCGCCGAAGGAGUCGCAGCCGCCCUCCACGGCGGUCUCCACGCCGUCGACGCCGCCGUUCGUACUACCAAGCACGCCCGUCUUGGGACCGCGCUGA